UUUGAAAAUCGGUAGAAAAAUUUGAAAGUUAUGGUUAUUUAGAAAGUACAUGCACCAUAAAACACAAUGUUACGAGUGAGCGAGCGGACUGUGGUAAGAUGGCCGCCAUGUGCGGACGUCGACCUCCAUUGGCCAAAAGCGCGGACAAGGUAUCUAGCCUUUAUAUAUGAUGUCUAUGGUUCACAAGACGCAGAUGGAAAAACUCCACAACUGUAAUAAGUUUUAACUUUUCUUAUUUCAGGUAAAUGGUACCUGUAAAUCAGCAUCUGAAUUUUUUUUGACGAGAAAUGGGCAUUGUAGUCGCUUAUUUUAUUUAAGAAACGGCUAAUUUAUAUAUUUGCUCCGACUUUUCGAUCAGCUAGCUAACGUUAUUCAGUGCAGUUAACGUUAGCUAAGUAAUUACAGUACCGGUGGAGAGAGGCAGCAUUUUUAGAAUUGCAGUUGAUUUUCACUUUUUUAAAAAAUGACAACGUCAUAUGAUCAUGUAUAUAGUUUCCAUACAACCUUCUGCCGUUCAUAUUCACAUUAAUAUUUUAUUCAGGGACUACGAGGAGGUUACAGCCCUCUUAGUGGAGGGGUAUUUGCGCAAUAGCCGAGUAUACAUGCAUCUCAAUCCAGAUAGGGGCGUUCUCUGUCCUCGCGAACUUGCAAGACCGUUCUUCUCAAGGACACACGUACUUUGAAUUGAUAAACAGCCAGUAAUCUUCUCGCAAUACGCAAGUAUGCGACUUGAGAUUUUAGCGGAGACACUGACUGAUUCAUAAAUCACAUUGAAACAUAAAGAAUGACUCGAUAUUACUUGUAAAUACGUCAGUCAAUCGUAAUUAAGCCACGGUACGUUGUAGCUUUGUUUCUCUCGAACAUUAAUUCCCUGAAGCUGUAGGCGGUUCAGGGAUUUGACUGUAAAUUCGCGUGAGCAGAGUCGUCCAGGGGAGAUGACUGGACAAACGGAGGCUGAUAUACCUGAAACAGGGGCAGUCUUUACCUUUGGGAAGUGCAAGUUUGCUGAUAAUAUUCCCAGUAAAUUCUGGCUAAAGAACGACCAUCCAGAGGAAAUCUCAUGUGGGGGUAAUCACACUUCAGUCAUCACAGGCCAUGGCAAACUAUUCAUGUUUGGAAGUAAUACUUUGGGUCAGCUCGGCCUGGGGACAAAGAUCAAUAUUAACAUCAACCAGCCCACUCCUGUAAAAGCGUUGAAGUCUGAAAAAGUGAAGUUUGCAGCAUGUGGUAAAGACCAUACAAUAAUAUGCACAUGGAGUGGACAUGUUUAUGGAACUGGCAGUAACCAGAAGGGGCAGCUUGGUUUGGGACACUGUGAUGACACAAACACCUUCCACCUGCUUCGUCCAUUCUCUCACCACACACCCAUCAAAAUGCUUGCAUGUGGCUGCAACACCUCUGCUGCGCUGACAGGUAAAUGUGACAACAGACAUUCUGUCUGUCUGUCUGUGUCGGUCUGUGUUUUUGCUGCUUGCAGUCUGUGUGCUGUGUUGCGUGUGUUGGCAGAGGACGGAAGGCUGUUCAUGUGGGGGGAUAACUCCUUGGGCCAGCUCGGUCUGGGGACAGAGAGCUAUGCUUCAGAGCCCAGGGAGGUGAUGGUGAGACGGCCAGUGGGAUGGGUGUCUUGUGGAUACCACCACUCAGCAUUUGUCACAGUGGAUGGGGACCUUUACACAUUUGGGGAAAGUGGAAAUGGAAGGUUGGGUCUAUUCCCUGACAAGCUAGCCAAUCACAGAGUGCCUCAGCAUGUAGAAGGCAUCCAGGACCCAGUCACUCAGGUGUGCUGUGGCGGAGAGCACACAUUGGCACUCACAAAAGACAAUGUGUACUCAUUUGGGCGGGGCCAGCAUGGACAGCUUGGCCAAGGGACCUUCGUAUUUGAGGCUGCACUUCCUAAAGCAUUAAACCACUUUCGAAAUGGCAAAGUCUGUCAAGUUACCUGUGGAGAGAAUCACACUGCUGUAAUCACAGACAGUGGGAUUCUGUACACCUUUGGGGAUGGUCGCCAUGGUAAACUGGGACUUGGGGAAGAGAACUUCAUCAAUCAGUUCAGACCAACGUUGUGCCAGCGCAUGCUCAAGUACAGUGUCCAGUCAGUUGCCUGUGGUGGCUCUCAAAUGCUGGUGUUGGCUAUGCCCAGAACCCCAGAGGUUGAGGAAGUUGUGAUAGAGGAGAAUGAUGUCCCAGAGACUUUUCUGGAGAGACUGGAGACCUACACGGAGUGGCUCCUGACUGAGCCCCCUCUCUUGAUGCCUGACCCACCGACGAGCCCUCCACUGUGGACCCCGUCGGCUAGAACCCGGCGCAGGGAGCACGACUGUUCUCCAGAGCAGUUUGGACAGAUUUUCCAUGAUCUCCCUCUUAUGAUGUCGGGCUUCCUCAACACCUCACUGCCCAUAUCCAGAAGAAUACGCAUCUCCAGGACACCACCUAUAAGUGCUUCUGCAUCAUCACUGUUCUCCAGUCCCUCCUCAAACCAGCCCUGCAGUCACUCUCAGCCCAUCACAUUCAUAGGCGAAACCCCUUUAACGCCGUCAAAAUUCCUAUUCCCAGACCCUCCCAGCACUUCAGUCUCCUUCAAGUCCACCCCAAAGAAGACCACCAGUCCAUCAAAAUCCAAGUCUAAAGAACCUUUUAGCCCUUCCUGGUCCUACAAGUCCUCUCGUAAAUCUAUCCCCAGCCCCUCAUUGUCUCUUAAAAAUCCCUCUAAAAAGUGCAUGGAUGCCAACAAAUCCUUGAAAACGCUGUCUAGCUGUUCUCGGAGUCCCACCCCAGCACAGACAGAGAGGACCGACGCCCCUGGAAGCCGGAUGCUCCUUCAGAUGGAGGAGAACAUUUGUAUGGAUGAAGAGGACAACAAUGGUGUUCUUCCCUUCCUGGGUCAGGAUACUAUGGCUAUGGAGAUGAUGAAGACGCAUAUGCUCGUAGAAACGGAGGGACCCCUUGGUGUGCCCCCAUAAAGGUGAAGCACGGCGAUGUGAGUUGCCGUAGUCCCCAGGGGGGGCAUUACAGGAACGUGAUGGGCUCACGCUGUAAGAUCCGCUGUAAGAGGGGAUAUGAGAUGCA